AUGUGUGGCGGUGCUAUCAUCGCUGACUUCAUUCCUCGCCGUGGAGGUCGCCGCCUUACCGCCUCCGAGCUCUGGCCUAACUCUUUCGGGCAACAGACUGACUCCUCCGACUUCGGUUUUUCUGGUAUUGAUCAACAACCACCCAGUACUCUCAAAAGAUCAGAUCCUCCUAAAGUUAAUGAACGAGUUGAAAAGCCUGUGAAAAAACAGAGGAAAAACCUCUACAGAGGAAUCCGGCAGCGUCCAUGGGGAAAAUGGGCUGCGGAGAUUCGUGAUCCUAGAAAAGGCGUUCGUGUUUGGCUUGGCACAUUCAACACUGCUGAAGAAGCUGCUAGAGCUUACGACAAAGAAGCUCGAAAAAUCCGCGGCAAAAAAGCUAAGGUUAAUUUCCCCAACGAAGAUGAUGAGUAUUCUAUUCAAACUCGUCGUCACGGUAAUAAUCCUAAUCCUAAUCCACCACCUAUUCGACCACCGAACCCGAAUCAUUCUCUCUAUCAUCAUCAACAGCAAUAUCCAAAAAAUCUGAACCUGGAGUUUGGUUAUGAUCUGAACCGAACUGAACCGUUUAUAAUAUCCGGUUCUGGUGGUUCUGCUGGUGACGAGAAUUCUGUAUAUGGAUCCGGUUCAUGUUCUGAGGUUGGUUACUCUGUAUUAGAGUUCAAUGGUUCCAAUCAAAAUGAAAACGGUUAUUUCGGUGGUGUUGUGGUGAAUGAACAUGAGAAAGAGAAGGAGAAGGAGAAAGAGAAAGUGAAGGAAUCAAAAGAACAAGAACCACUUGUUGUUAGUGUUGAUCAAGCUGAAGCUGAAGCGGCAAAGAAUGAAGUUCAAGAAUUGUCUGAUGAGUUGAUGGCGUACGAGGACUACAUGAAGUUUUAUCAGAUUUACUAUGAUGGACAAUCGAUGCCACCGAAUAUUGUUCAGGAACAUGUUGUUGGGGAUUUAUGGAGCUUUGAUUGA